AGACGCGGAUGCUGCUGCUGCUGCUGCUGCUGCUGCAAGGUUCGCCAUGACUGUAGAGAUGCUAUGCUACCCAGCCUUUGGGAAGAACUGGGGUGUGAGGUCGCAGACAAGUGUGUGAGCAUGCUUACAAGCUGCCCAGAUUGGACUUCGACGUUGGGUGGAGCACCUCGACGUAAGAAAGUGGUUCGACAUGAUCAGUGGAAACCAUAGACCGCGGCCAUUUGGAGAAGUUGGGUUCAUAUAACGUGAACAUGUCAUUCGUCUCUUGCCAGCCAAGUUCUUUUCAUCCCCAAUUGAAUCCUGUUCGCUGAUUGGCAUGAUUUCCGUCGGACAUCUCUCUCUAGACGCAUGUUCUGUCAUUCGGCUAUGGCCGGGACGGCGAGAUUUUAGAGAGGAGAAGCGCAUCAGCAGCGAAGACAUGCAGCUUCGGCCGUUUUGUUUCCGCAGUGCACAAUGAGUUGUGUUACCUUCGCAGGCCUUCCGCACAAUCUAUCCUGCACUAUCGCCUUUAAUACGUAUUUCUUCCUUCCCCCGCCCUGCAGCAACCGCACAACCGCAGAGGCCCCGCGCAGAGUCAUCCACGUCGAGUAUGGCUACUACAGAUCGGUUACCAGCUGCAAUUUCAUCUUCUCGGUGAGUCCCUUGCUGUGCAGUCAGACAUCACAUCGAUACUUGCAUAAACAACAUACCAAGUAUUUCUCUUUUCAAUAUGGGUUCUCGAGCCUCUUUAAUCGAAAUCAGGGACCUGAGGAGGCUUUGUGGCAACAUGGUACCCGGAGGUCACCACGAUGGAUGAAGAAAAAAAUAGACAGAGGAAUUGCUCCGCCAACCUUUGCGGUUGAUGAGACAUCUUUGGAUGAGGUGAAGGUGAAGAUAAAAGUGGGUCCAUUAUCCAGCCUCCAAGAACGAGUAUACAGAUUUCAGAAAAUUUUCGGAUCCUCAAGCAGAUUAGUUGUGAUUACUUUGCCUAAGCCUUUGGGAAUUGUGUUCGUGGAGAGCCCGUUGGUAGACGCUUACGGAAAGAACCGCGUCAUGGUUGGGGAGCUUGUUGUUGGUGGGAAUGCAGAUCGAGCUUCACGGGUAGCGCAGCUUUUUGAUGGUAGAAAAAAUGUUGCUUCUAACACUCCUAUAUUGAAUGGAGGUGUCAUGCCCGGAGAUAUUCUACGGGCAACCACAACGGUAGGUGUAACUGUGGAUUUCUUUGGAAUUCGUCGACCUCAACGAGUGAUGGACCUCUUUGUAGCCGAUGGAAGACCAUGGCAUCUCAUCACGAGAGCUUUAAACGCCAGUUUCGUUGCAGACGGAGAGUUAACCCUGGUGCUCGAAAGACGUAAUGCGUACUUCUGAAGAAGUGUCGCAUCACAGCAGACGUGGAUGGUUGAACAAACCGCUAGUGUACCCUGCCAACCUCCGUUAUGUGAACUCAGGUUUUCCAACACCCAGUUGUUUUCUUCUGGUGUUACAGAAUGGUUUACAAAGAUUCUAAUGAGAGUCAACUGUUUGACUUCCAUUCUCUUGCUCUGAUAAUUGUAAAUGCAGUAUCAUAAAGGAGUUUAAUUGAUAAGCUGAACGUCCAGCUUGACACUUGUAAUAUGAUAUGACCAAUAUAUUAACUCUCCAAAUGGUUCAUUAUACUCCAGGUA